AGGGAGCAUGUAAUUGCUAACUCAAAAUCUUCCAAAUUUCCUUCUCCUUUGUACUUUCCUUCUCGCAAGGGUUUCCAGUCUGAUUUUUCUUUUUUCGGGAAAUUAGAUUCUCUCUUCCAUACAGAAUCCUAAAUCCGGGUUUCAACAAUGGCUACGACUUCGAAUGGCCCUGACGACUCAGGUAAUAUAAAUGGAAAAGAGGGAACGUUGAACGAGUCAGUGAAAGAAAAUGCUAUGGCUUUGAAUUCAGAUCUCCAACGUGAAAAUACUGAGGCAAAAUCACGAGUGGAAGCGAUGUGGGAGCAAAUGAAUAAGGGGAUACCUAAGGAUGCCUUGAGACAAUUUUCAAGCAAUAAAGCUUCAGCCACAAAUAAAACUUCGCACAAAGCUUCCAAUAAUUGGAUGAAGUAUCUGCAAAUGAGACCAGCAGUGCCUGCUGGCGAUACGGUGCAAGAAAGAUGGACAGAGUCAAAGGCUCCAAGUGCCCCCAAAGAAACUGAAGCGCUUAAUAAAGAUAAAGCAGUGAAGGAAGCUACUGUGGUGCAGAACAAUGUCAGUGAUGAGGCAAAGAAGCUUGCAGCUGCUGCCCUGUCAGCAGUGAAAGAUGCUGCAGCUGCUGCAGCAGCUGCGUCAAAUAGAGGGAAAAUUGAGAUUACUGAGGUACGAGACUUCGCUGGUCAAGAAAUUGAAAUAAAAAAGCGAAUCCAUGCUGAUUCAAAAGAGGCAGCUGAAAAGUCCAAAGCUUAUGCACCUUCUGCAGUAGAUGCUGUUCUUGAACAAAUCAAGAAGAAGCCAAAGCUCAGUGUGCUUGACAAGACGAAAAAAGAUUGGGGAGAAUUCAAGGAAGAAAAUAAGGGGAUGGAGGACGAGUUGGAUGCUUACAAGAAGAGUUCGAACCAGUAUCUGGAUAAGGUUUCUUUCUUGCAGCGGACUGAUUAUCGGGAAUUUGAGAGGGAGAGAGAUGCAAGGCUUGCUCUACAGGCUAGGAGGAGACCAGAAAUGCGGGAGGACCCUUGAUUGUGUACAUUCAUUACUUGCUUUUUAUUGCAUCAUUGUGCCCGAGCUGUAGGAGGAAAGACCCGGAGUUGUUGACAAUUGUGCAGCGGCCUUUUGUUCCCAUAAUUAGGGAUGGAAGCCUUUAGCAAAUACAUUUCUGACUCAUCUGUGUUUCAAAUAAAUAUUUUUGAGGUCUUCCUUCUCUCCCUCUAUCAGUCAUAUUUGUUACUGCACAGCUGUUUGCUUGUAAUGUAUACAUCUAAUGUUUCUUUUGAGAAAGAACAUCACCGAUGGUGCAGCCAUUUAAUAUGCAAGGUUACAAACCCAAGUUAGCUUAGUACUAAA